AUGAAGUACUCCCUCACCCUUGCAGCUCUCACGCUGCCCAUCUUUGCGGCCGCCCAGAACGCCGCCUGGGCGCAGUGCGGCGGUCUCACUUGGACCGGAUCGACAACCUGCGUGAGCGGAUACACUUGCUCCAAGAUCAACGACUACUACUACCAAUGUGUUACGGGAACGGCGACCACCGCCGCUGCUACCACCACCACCUCUGCGGCCACUUCGACAGGCACUGGAAGUGCUAGCUGCUCGGGAACUUUGACAAAGUUCAAGUACUAUGGUGUGAACGAGGCUGGUGCCGAGUUUGGAAACCAGAAUGUCCCCGGUGUGUUGGGCACGGACUACACAUGGCCCACGACCGACAGCAUCGACUACUUCAUGGCGAAGGGGUUCAACACGUUCCGUAUCGGGUUCUUGAUGGAGCGUCUUACGCCUCCGGCGACAGGUCUCACGGGAGCGUUUGAUGCGACCUACUUGGCCAGUCUCAAGACGAUCGCAAAUUACGUCACUGGAAAGGGAGGAUAUGCGGUCCUUGACCCCCACAACUUUGGGCGUUACAACGGCGGUAUUAUCACCGACUACACCAGCUUCGGAACAUGGUGCAAGACCUUGGCUUCCUCGUUCACGUCGAACUCCAAGAUCAUCUUCGACACAAACAACGAGUACCACGACAUGGACCAAACCCUUGUCUUCAACCUCAACCAGGCCUGCAUCAACGGUAUCCGUGCUGCCGGAGCCACCUCCCAGCUCAUCCUCAUUGAAGGAAACUCCUACACCGGUGCCUGGACCUGGGUCUCAUCCGGCAACGCCGCCAGUCUCCUCUCGUUGACCGACCCCAACAACAACAUCGCCUACCAGAUGCACCAGUACCUCGACAGCGACGGUUCGGGAACUUCGGCAACAUGUGUCAGCAGCACCAUUGGCGCUGAGCGUAUCGCGGCCGCCACCGCAUGGCUCAAGGCAAACAACAAGAAGGGAUUCCUUGGUGAGAUUGGAGCGGGAAGCAACGACGCGUGCAUUGCAGCAGUCAAGGGCGCGCUGUGUGCCAUGCAGCAGAGCGGAGUGUGGAUCGGAGCACUGUGGUGGGCCGCCGGACCAUGGUGGGGCACCUACUAUCAAUCGAUUGAGCCCCCGAGCGGUCCUGCGAUCACUAGGAUCUUGCCUGAGGCGUUGGUUCCGUUCUUGUAG